AUGGCUGAUGCCCUGGCCAGCCUAGGCCAAGGUUCUUCGAAUGCAAAUGUGGCAAAAAUUGCCAUCGAGCAACGGAAGAAGAAGGCCGAGGUUGUGGAGCCGCAGGUGAUCAGCGAGGAGCUCCUCAUCGAAGGUGUCGAGGAGCCUGUCCGAACAGAUGGCAAAGCGUGGCCAACCAACGAAUUUCCGCAAGUGACCUCACUUCGCCUGUCCUUCAAGAACAUUAUCGAGAUUUCCAACUUGAACAACUUUGACACACUGCUGACGCUUCGACUUGACAACAACAUCAUCGACAAGGUUUCCAACCUGGGACACUUGAGACAGCUGACCUGGCUGGACCUUUCCUUCAACAACAUCCGUGAAAUAGAAGGAUUGGACGACCUGCACGAGCUGCUGGACUUGUCCCUGUACCACAACCAAAUUGAGGAGAUCAAAGACCGACUGGACGGUUGCCCGAAGCUGAAUAUUUUGUCCCUGGGCCACAACAACAUGAAGGACUUGAAGCAGAUCGACUACCUGCGCCAGUUUGCCAAUUUGAGAUGUCUGUGCAUGGAGGGUAACAAGGUGUGCAACCAUGACUCCUACAAUCAACAUGUGCUCGCAUAUCUGCCGCAUCUCAAGUAUUUGGACUACAUGCUCAUCGACCGCAAGGCCGUGGCCCAGGCACAGGAAGGCUACAACCUGGAAGAGCUUACCGAGGUCCGCGAGAAGGAGCAGGCAGAGCACAUGCAGCAGAAGGCCAAGGCAGAAAAGUCGGCCACAAUUGAGAAGCUGAAGACGGCAUUCCUCGAUUGCACGGAGGAUUUAUUCGAGGAGAUGUUCUCCAGGGAGGUGGAGCCUGAGAAUGUCUUGGUCUUGCAAUGCUAUCAAGGUCUCAAGGAGGACUAUCGAGAUAAGCUCUCCGAAGAGAUCAAGGGCCUUCGAGCUCGAAUGGAGGAGAAGAACGAAGUUCGGCUCAGGAAGGUUUCAGCCUUCGAAAAGGCGAUCUACGCUUCGGAGAAAGAGAGUGAAGACGAAGCCUUCCAACAGAUCCGAGACUUCAAGAGUGUCAAGAAGAAGGUCCUGUCCCAAGUGGACAAGGAAGAUGGGGCCAGGGCAGAGGUUGAUGACCUGCUGAAGCACUUGCUUGACGAACUCGGCGACUUGGAGAAUCAGCUCAUGGCGAACGAGAUCGCGCUCCAAGAGAGUAUCGAAGAGGCACUGUCCGAUUUCGAGGCCAAAACCAUGGAUCUUGUGAAGAGCAUGCUGGACAACAGCCGGGAGUUCUUUACGCGGCUGGAAGAUUUAGAGAAGAGCUUCCUCACGGGACUCACCGAAGGUGCCAACAGUGAGAUCGAAGCCUUCACUCAGACGCAAGAGUCGGCGAUGGCAGAUACCGACCCACAGAAAGCCAAGUAUCUCAACAAUCGCGAGGAGAUGAACCAAGCUCUUACAAAUUUCACCGAUGCCCACAACAGCCUGAUCACGAACAAGGAUGACUAUAUGACCAACCAGAUGAAUUCUUGGAACCGGGCGUACUUCGAGAACCACCGGGCAAGCCAGUACAACCGGAAUCGCCAGCGAGUCACGGACAUCCGGAAGGUGAUCGAGGAGUGCAAGGGCGAGAUCCAGGCCGCGAGCGAGGACGGCAACGAGGAAGAAGGCGAUGCCCUGGGUGUGGACGCCUACGGCCGCUGA